CGAUGUCUGGUGAAAGCGUUGACGUCGACACACGCACACACGUCGUAAUUUUUGACACUUCAAAAGUGCAUUCAUGGAUACAUUACUUUGCUAAAGCUAGUGUUCAGGAAAUUUCGUGUAGUUUGCUGUGAAUAAACAAAAAUUUAAAUUUACCAUGGCUCCCAAACAAAGGAUGCGUAUCGCCAACGAGAAGGCCAGCAAAAACGUCACCCAGCGAGGAAAUGUACCCAAAUCAUCUAAACCUUUGGAUGACAAAUAUCCAGUCGGACCUUGGUUACUAGCACUAUUUGUAUUCGUUGUUUGUGGCUCAGCUAUCUUUCAAAUAAUUCAAAGUAUCAGGCAAGCGUAACCAUCCACCUCUCUUGACAUCAUGACUACUUCCGCACAAUUUUUUACCUCAGUCACUUAAAUUUACAGGAAUGACCUUAAUUUACGAAACCAAAAUAUGAUUGUUAUCUUUAUUUGUUUUAUUUUAUAGUUUAAUUUAAUUAUUAUUUAUAAAAUUGUAUCGGUUUAUAAUAAGAUCUGCUUCCUGUUCUCAAGAAAGUUUGUAAUAUGUUCAAGGGUGAAUUUGAGUGACUUGUGCAUCGUAAGUUUUGUCAUUUAAAUGCAUUUAAAAGUAUCAUCGAGGCUGAAUAUUACCCUUGAAGCUGUAGCUCUCUCCUUCCCUCUUCUCUCUCUUUUUAAAACCAAUGUGCAGGUGGUCUUCGCUUUGCAGGCAGAGUUUGUUGCAUUUCUCAGUCUCUUUGUACUUUCUGACAAUUUUUUUAUCCUCGCAUCUUUUCUUAAGAUUUUAUAAAACUUAAAAUCAUUCCAGAAUUCUUUUCUUUUUAUUUAAAACUGGAAAAAUAAAACAAUUUGUUGUUUGAA